GAAAAAAUGACUUUGGGGGACAACUUCAAACAUUCCUUUCAACUGCUACUAACUAGGUGAUGAUGUAGUGACCAAGGGCGAGUUUACCUCCACGUGGGUCCAAACAUUUGGCGGCGAUCCCGGCACCCCCAACGCCAUGUAUGAUGUCCUGGACAGGAACAAGGACGGACAGUUCACGGCCGUAGACAUCAAGAUGCUGCAUGCGCAACUGGACAGUGACAAAAAUGGAGAGCUCAACGACAGAGAGUUCCUGUUGUCUCUUAAACAGACCCUGUACCAGCUCCCCUUCAUCACGAUGUUCAAGCGAGGCGAUCACGACAAAGACGGUUUCAUCACUCUCAUAGAAUUGGACAUCAUUUUCGGACAAUUUGACAUCAACAGCGACGGCACAAUCAGCGCCGAGGAGUUUUUGACUACGUGGACAUCCAGAGGAUACAGUGACAUGAAUACUGCCAAGCGCCUAUACGACGUUUUCGACCUCAACCAUGACGAUGUGCUUGGCAGGGAGAAUGACAUUGUCAAGAUCUUCAAAAACAUGGACUAUGACGGUGACAGUAAACUUAGUGAGACAGAAUUUGUAUCAGAGUGGAUGAACAUCAUGUCCCAGAUCUCUCGUGGUCCCCGAUAAGAAAAAAAUCGAUGUCACUGGUAGAUCACUGAGGACUUUGAAGAGCAAAGACAUCAGAGUUUGAUAGAAUCUGACUUUAUUGCACGAUGGCUUGACCUCCUUCGUUGUAUUUUUGUCACGGAUGUUUGGAAUGUUUUCAAUAACAAAUUUACCCAUUGAUU